AUAUUGUCCAACCCGGCACAUUGGCAACUACUACACACCUACUUCCUGUUUUUUCGUAGAAUUACUUAGCCUACGCAACUUCCUGCUGUUCCUUCCACGCCGCAAUAUUGAAGACGAGGCUUGAGAGUUCUAAGGUGUCCAAGCAUAGGCGCCUUAGCGCUGGGUCCUGCCUUAGAGAGGGCACUGUGGCUGCCAAGAUGUCGACGAAGAAUUUUCGUGUUAGCGAUGGUGACUGGAUCUGUCCGGAUAAAAAGUGUGGGAAUGUAAACUUUGCCAGACGAACCAGUUGCAACAGAUGUGGGCGAGAAAAAACAACUGAAGCUAAAAUGAUGAAAGCUGGUGGAACUGAAAUAGGAAAAACCUUAGCCGAGAAAAGCCGUGGAUUGUUUAGUGCUAAUGACUGGCAAUGCAAAACAUGCGGGAAUGUAAAUUGGGCCAGAAGAUCAGAAUGUAAUAUGUGCAAUACACCAAAGUAUGCAAAACUAGAGGAAAGAACAGGUUAUGGAGGAGGUUUCAAUGAACGUGAAAAUGUAGAAUAUAUAGAACGCGAGGAAUCUGAUGGAGAGUAUGAUGAGUUUGGCCGGAAAAAGAAAAAAUAUAGAGGAAAACCCCCUGGACCCACCAAACCAGUUAUAAAGGGUGAUAAAAAAGAAUCAGAAGGUGAAGCAGAGGAAGAAGAGGAUGAAGAUCUUUCAAAGUAUAAACUUGAUGAUGAUGAAGAGGAGGAGGAGAAGAAGAAGGAGGAGGAUGAUGAUGAUGAGGAGGAGGAGGAGGAUGAUGAUGAUGGUGAUCUGUCAAAAUAUAACCUUGCGAGUGAAGAUGAAGAUGAUACUAAAACGAAGAAAUCCACACGUAGCAGUAGAUCAAAAUCCCGAUCUCAUUCCCGAUCUUCACACUCCUCUUCCCAUACAAGCUCAAGGUCUAGGUCCAGAUCCCGGUCAAGAAGUUCUUCCAGUUCCAGAUCAGGAUCAAGUUCAAGAGACCACUCUAGAUCUCCUGGGUCGAAAUCAAGAUCCAGCUCCAGAUCUCACAGGGGAUCUUCAUCCCCAAGAAAAAGAUCUUACGCAAGCUCUCGAUCAUCUUCAUCUCCAGAGAGGGGCAAGAAGAGAAGUCGCUCUAGAUCCUCAUCUGGUGAUCGCAAAAAAAAGAGAUCAAGAUCACGGUCAACAGAAAGACGCCGUGGGUCAUCAUCUGGAUCAUCUCACUCUGGCUCGCGUUCAUCAAGUUCCAAAAAGAAAUAAAAUUAUUUUUAGGAACAAUCGCUAUCCCAGUGCAUUGCAUGAGGCAGACUUUAAAAUCAUAUACAUCAAAAUGAGAACUAAUAAAGAAGAUCCAGUAAUAUUAGAGAUGCAUGUCUUCGUGCUUCUCCAAUUACACCAUUAGUGAGGUCCUAAUUUAAAAUUAGCAUUUUAAGCCGUAAGACAAAGAAACUUUAAAUAUUAUCAUUAAUUCUUAGAAUAAUCUUUGUCUCUUUUAACACUGCAAUGAAUGUGUGGUGUUUUUUUUUUUUUAACGAGUAAUAAGCCUUUGAGCUAGUUUCUUGGAAUGUUGGCCAUUUUUAACAAAUUUAUACACAUUUCCAUUACUUUUGCGAUGGAAGAAAUUGUUUGAUCAUCAUCACCCCAUUCUUAUGGCUUAAAAUGCAGAGUAUUACAAAAUAAAUCUUAUUUGUGUUAGAGAAAAAUGUUUCUUCAUUGGUAUUACAAGGUAAGUAUUAGUUAUUGGAAGUAAUUAUCGCAUAUCUAAAAUGCUGCAACUAGUGAACCUCUUUGCUGAGAAUUUAACAACCGUAGUUAAAUGCAAUUCGAACUAUUAAACAACCGAAACAACGAUUCGGGUUCAAAUUGGCUUCGCUUUCAAGUCUCUAUUCAUCGGCUUACUUAAUGAGAAAUGUCUUUAGUUCUGUACUUCAUUUUUUCCUGAAUGUACUGUUUUUCAAACUGUAAUCGUAAUUGUGCCUAUUGCAGUUUCAAAGUUAGUAUUUCAAUAUUGCGUAACUUCUUAACCACAUGUUAGAAGUUAGUCUGUUCUUAGUAUAUAACUCUGUUCUGACAAGGUGAGAUUUUUUUUUUUAUCAUUUAGCAGUAAGCAAAUAGAGCAUUUGUUCUGAAACAAAUUAUUUUUGUUGGGCUUAGAUAAAAAUAGUACAGUUUAGAGGACUUACUGUAGUUAUGUGCAAAUAAAAACUGACCUGUGCAAUU